AUGAAGAGCAACAAACUGCAGUACUGGAGGCUUUAUUUGCUGGCGCUGGUGCUGGGAAUCGGUGGGUCGUUUCAGUAUGGGAUUCAAGUGUCUGUCAUCGCCUCUCCAGCGGUGCACAUUCAAAGUUUUGUGAACUACACAUGGAUGUUGAGGUACGGAGCUCCAGUGGAGGACUCUGCCAACCAGCUCAUCUGGUCCUUCAUUGUGGCUGUGUUAUGUAUUGGUUGCUGGGCCGGGGCUAUUCACAGUGGCAGUCUUCCUGUCACUUAUGGCCGGAAAAAAGCUCUCUUGUUCAACAAUGUUGUGGCGGUUGUUGCUGCCCUGCUCAUGUUAUUCAGUCGCAUGGCCAAAUCUUUUGAGAUGAUCUUGCUGGGCAGAUUUCUUUACGGAUAUAAUGUUGGUCUUGGUCUGAGUGUUCACCUCAUGUAUCUCGGGGAGAGUUCGCCAAAGAAACUCAGAGGGGUCCUGACUCUCACGAGCUCAAUCUUCAUCGGUUUUGGGAAAGUUAUGGGUCAAAUAAUUGGCAUCAAGGAGAUGCUGGGAACUGAAGAAAUGUGGCCUUAUCUCCUGGCUGUUAGUGGAAUUCCUGCCAUCCUGCAGUUUGUGAUGCUGCUCUUUUUCCCUGAGGCACCUCGAUACCUUUACAUUGACAAAGGAGACACUGAAGGCAGCAAAAGAGCCUUGCAGUGGCUGUGGCAGGAGGAUGACUUAAAGCUGGAGCUGGACGACAUGCAGAAAGAGCGAGAGAACUCGCAUGGGGAGAAGGCGAAGACUGUGAAGGAUGUACUAAGCUCUCGCUGUGUGAGAUGGCAGCUGCUGACUCUGGCCAUCCCCUGUGGUGGUGUUCAGUUCUGCGGCAUCAAUGCUCUGUACUUCUAUGCCUUUGACAUCUUCCGCGAGGCAGGAGUGCCAGAGGACCAGAUGCAUUACUUGUCCAUUGGUAUUGGAGCAACAGAGCUCAUCACCGUAACCCUAUGUUCUUUCUUGAUAGAUCGUGCUGGCAGAAAGAAGCUGAUGGGCUAUGGCUAUCUACUGAUGGGUGUCACCAUGUCUCUACUUACCAUCAUGCUUUCCAUCAAGGAUCUGAAUUCAUGGAUCCCGUAUGUGAACAUUGCCCUGAUCUUUUGUGUCAUCUGCAUUUAUGGACUGGGACCUUCCGGAGUGUCUAUGACUCUUCCUGCUGACCUCUUCCUACAAGCCUGGCGUCCUUCUGCCUAUGUGAUCAGUGGGUCAAUCAGUUGGCUCAGCAUGUUCCUUGUGGGGAUGUUAUUCGGCUAUAUAGUGGAUGGACUUGGGCAGUUCUGCUUCCUGAUUUUCGUGGCUUACUGUAUUUGCAGUGGAGCGUUUAUGAUUUAUUUUGUCCCAGAGACCAAAGGAAAAACAAUGGUUGAGAUUAUGGAAGACUUCAACAAACUAAAUUACAAGAACAGUGAAGUCAACAUUGAAAGGACUGACGUUGCUCUUGCAACUAAAUUUUAA